AUGAAACUAGACACCUUAGUACACAAGAACUUCAACGAUUGGUGCUUUUGGAACAACUGCAAGUCUUUAGGCUUGCAAAGGAAAUACUACUCCAGAAAAAACAAGAUCAGGAUAGCCGGCAGGAUAAUUGCGAUAGUCAAGAAGUAUCAGAAGCACAGCGAACGACUACAUGCAAUCUAG